AUGAUUCAUGGAUGCAUUACCGUUGGCUACUCAAAGAAGUUGCCAAAUGUAUCUACAUUCGUCUAUCCGACGGCAUAUCGAGACGAGACGAUAAUAGACGACUAUCAUGGCAUAAAGGUUGCUGACCCUUAUCGCUGGCUGGAAAGAUUAGAUACACUAGAGACUCAACAGUACAUGAAUGAGCUGAAUGCUGUCUCCGAACCGUUUCUUGCAGAAGCUCCUAAUAGAGAACAAAUAAGAAAAAAACUGAAUGAGCUAAAUGACUAUGAAAGAUUUACUUCUUUGGGCAAGAAAGGCGACUUCUACUACUACCGACACAACAAAGGACUACAAAACCAAGAUGUUAUUUUUCGACAGAAAACCCUUGUAGAUGAUGGUGACAUAUUCCUGGACCCAAGUGAUCUAUCUGCUGAUGGCACUGCUUCAUUGGGCACUAUGUCGUGGAGUAUGGAUGGCUCCAUACUCGCAUAUGUUGUUAGCGAAAAGGGCAGUGAUGUGUCUAGCAUCAGGUUCCGCGACGUUCAUAAACAUGAUCUUGCGGACAUUAUAGAAAAUGUCAAGUUCACAUAUCCCUCUUGGUUGAAGGACAACUCUGGAAUUUUCUACAGCGCCUACCAGAGCAGAGGCGUCUCACACUCUUUAUCACAAAAAGAUGAGAAUCAAACAAUUUACUUUCACAGGCUUGGGACGGACUCUACAACGGAUAAACUUAUCUACGGCACUAAUUUACCAAUAAUUGGCGGAUAUGUCACGAAUGAUGGGAAGUAUCUUAUGAUACACAUCGGAUCCGACGUCUCAAAGAACAUAUUGUACUACUACGAUCUAUCCGGUUUCAACAUCACUCGAGAAGAAGCGAUAAAUCCUAGACCGAUUUUUGACCAACUCGAUGGGAGAUAUGUGUACAUUGACCACGACAAUGACUCUAUGUUGAUACUUACAAAUAGAGAAGCGCCGAAUUACAAAAUAAUUCGGGUAUUUCUAAUGAAUGGAUCAGUUGCGGAUGUUGUUCCCGAGGACGAGCUCAGUACUAUAGUGGCUGCGUAUGCUGUUGCAUCAAAUCGUUUACUGAUACAGUAUCUUAAAGAUGUAAAGCAUACGCUUCAAGUACACGAUCUUCAAAGUGGAACACACUUGCACACGCUAUCCUUGAUGAAGGGGUCUCGUUUUUAUGAUUUGCAGUUUCAGACAUAUACCAUCGCGGACGUUGUAAGUAAGAAAAGCCAGGACGAGGUGUUUUUUACUCUCGAGACUAUGAUAACUCCGGCAAUUCCUUAUCGCAUGGAAUUUUCCAAAAAUAUAUCGAAUCCGAAGUUAGAGAGACUACGACAGGGCGUAGCAAAAGGGACAUCAAACGAAGAUGAAAUCUCCGUGCAGCAGGUGUUCUACAGUAGCAAAGAUGGAACAAAGAUUCCUAUGUAUAUAAUAUCUUCGAGGAAUAAGUCAGAAAAUGAUGAUACGCCUGUUCUACUUGAAGGUUAUGGUGUAAGACCUAUGCAUCAGUUCAACAAUGAUGCUAAUCACUUCAGACUGGCUAUCACUGGGGUGUCAAAUGGAGGAUUGCUGGUGGCAGUAUGCGCACAACAACGACCUGAUCUUUAUGGUGCCAUAGUGGGCGAUGUGGGAGUGUACGACAUGCUACGCUAUCACAAAUUUACUAUAGGAGCAAUGUGCAUAGACGAGUUCGGUAAUCCAGAUAAGGCAGAAGAUUUCAAAUUUAUAUACAACUACUCCCCGCUGCAUAACAUUCGUUAUCCCAAACGUGGACAGUGGCCUUCAACAUUGAUGAUGACUGCAGAUCAUGACGAUCGUGCAGUGCCUAGCCAUACUCUUAAAUAUGCUGCAACUCUCUAUGAUACUGUGAAAGUCCACCCACAGCAAACCAAUCCGCUUCUAUUCCGCAUCGAGCAUGAUGCUGGCCAUGGAUUUGGAAAACCGUUAAACAAGCAAAUAGCUGCAACAGUUGAUGUAUUCAGCUUUCUUCAAAGAGUGUUGAAACUUGAGUGGAAGAACUAA